AUGGGGUAUGGAUUAGCUGACCUGGCUUAUGUUUGCCUGAUAUUUUCUCUCAGCACCUCGCAAGGUUUGGAUAUCCUGGACCCUGGGGAGGUGGUCUACAUACAUAUCCAGACCAAAGGUGUGGUGGGUCGCUCUGUGAUCCUGGAGUGCGGCCCCACGCUGCCAGACGUCUAUAUCUGGGGUUUUACCGUGCCGGGCACUGAGAACAUCCGUGCCGUGGUCUACAAUUUCGGCCAGGGCCCAAGAUUGCAGUCACUGGCCAGAAGUCUGGGUGACUUGAACGUGAUCUCGAACACAGCCUCUCUGUUCAUCGACAAGCUGCCCCUGGCCGCUCACGGCCUCUAUACCUGCCAGGCCCUAUAUGACACCCCCCAGGGGGCCAAGCUCAUCUACUAUUACGUCCAGCUGGCUGUGCUCGUGCCAGUGUCCAAGCCAUACGUUAUUGUCAGUGACAGCUCCCCAGUAGAGGGGACACCCGUGUGGAUGCGUUGUGGCUUAGAGAACGGCACCAGCCCUAUCCGCUACCUAUGGGAACGAGAGAAUCGAGAUGGUGUGCUUGCAAAUCUGGCUGAGGGCAACGUCAACCUGCUCAACAUCACCAGCGUCAAUCGCAACCACACGGGCUGGUACCGAUGUCUGGCUUCCAACGAGGUCAACCAGCAGCGCAGUGACCGCAUCUGGCUCGACAUCAUCUACGGCCCUGACCUGCCUCGUAUAGACAUCACGCCCUACUCUGUGACUGAGCGGGGCUACUCGGCCCUAGAGAGGGAAACCGUAUCCUUGAUGUGCCAGGCAUCCUCCAACCCGCCCAGCCAGUACGUCUGGUUUUACAACAACUCGCAGGUGUUCACCGGCCAGCAAUUCACCAUCACCAAGAUCUUGCGGAUGCACACCGGUCACUACUCCUGCCUGGCCCAGAACACGUACCUCAACACCCGAUCCAAGACCACCAUCACCCUCACCGUCUACUAUCCACCAGAUGGAAAUCCCACUUGCACAAUUCUCCCCACCAACAACUACACAGACCUGGCCCUCUGGUGCUCUUGGGAGGGGGGCUACCCACCAGCUUCCCUUCACUGGACCCCCUCUCCUGUCAGUGACAGUGAGCAGGGAUAUUCCCUAAGCAAUGCCUCGCUGAUACAGCCUGGUUCCAGCACUACGAAUAACUCCAUCUUCACCUGUCAUGGCUCUCACGUAGCGCUGGACGCCCCCUACAGGUGCAGCAUAUCUACAUAUUUGCCCCUGGGUGAGCCCCGGUGUUUUGCUUACGCCACACGAAACAACGAGUACCUGAUGCUCUCCUGCUCCUGGGAGGGGGGCUUCCCCCGCGCGCUCAUGUGGUGGGCGUCCAACAACGGCGACACCUACAGCAGCUCAGAGGAGGAGGCCAACAUCUUGGUGCUGAGGUCCAGCUCUGCCCUCAGCGGCAAAGGCUUUACAUGCCACGCCGCGCACCCGCUUUCCGCUGCCAACAAGCAGUGCGUCCUGAGGCUGGAGGCCCCUGUACUGGUGACACAUCGCAGCCUGGUGUCCGUCUACGAAGGCAGCGACGUCCAGCUGACAUGCGUCCUCAAGGCCACCUAUCCGGCCACGGGGAUCACAUGGUACAACAACAGGAAGAAGCUGGUGUUGGACACCGCCAGCAAGUACCUGUUAUACCACGAGUCGGCGCGGUCCAACCUGACUGUGCGCGAAGCAGACAGCCAAGAAGACAGCGGCCAGUACUGGUGCUCAGCCACCAAUGCAGUAGGGGGCGCCGAGGUUCCUAUCAUGCUCCUCGUUAAGCGGUAUCCCAUCCCACCUAACGUGACCAUCAGCAAGAUUAUGUACAACAGCCGCAAACGCAUGGAAGUAGAUGUGGAGUGGGCCAUUCGAGGAGCGGGUGACCUUACUGGGUUCGUCGUGGAGCAGCAGCGACCCCAAAUGCCGGCGCUCAAGACGAACAGCACCAUGAGCUGGCUGCAGGUGGUCAUGGGCAUCGGGCCGGACGCUCGCACGUACAAGCUGGUCGGGCUGGAACCCGCUGUCACGUACACAUUCCGCAUCAUGGCCGUCAAUCGCCGCACUCUGGGAUACCCCUCAGAGGGCAGAACCCCAGCGGACCCUCCAUUCAAUGCUUACCCAGCUGUCAUCGGGGCUGCGGUUGGCGGCAUGAUUGUAGCCACUAUUGGCACCAUGCUGCUCUUCAUGUUCAUCGUGAGGAACCGCAACAUCAACCCACGACUUCAUGAUUUUUUCUUUGGAAUGCAACGCAGUCAAUCCCAGGAGAACAUCAACUACCCCGAAGAUGAAGUGGUGAGCAGGUCACAAAGCGAGGGCCACAUCGAGGAGGGGGCCCCCUCCCCCAGCCCAGGGCCAGCUGUGGUGUCAGGAAGUCCCAUGUCUGCUGAAGAUCUUCCACCCACAGGAGACAAUGCUGACCCUGUCAAUGUCACCAUAACCGUAACGGCUACUAGCUAAAGACACAAUAUGUUUCUAACAAUGACACAGACAUGGACAAAAUAGUCAUGGAUUUUUUUUUCAUGUUUUGUUGUGUGUAGCUGUUGAGUCCUCACACAUUCCACAUACCCAAAUAGAAUAGA